GGUAUCUCUUAUCUCAGCGGCCGGCGGCACCUGCGAGGGCCUGGCGGGGCUGAGCCCGACCCACAGGAGCCUGGGCAGCGUCGAGACCCGGACACGCCGCUCUCUGCCCCGGGCCCGGGCGAUGCCGCGUUAACCUGCCCGCCCGCUCGGUCUGUGCGGGGGCAGCCCCGCAGGGGGGCAGGCUCUGGGAGUGCCGCCGGGGCGCAUUCCUCCCCCUGGGGCACGGACUGUGUCUGCUUAGGCUCGUCAGCACCCCCGAUGGCCGCCUAAACCGCCCCCCGGCCGUGCGCUGCCCUGCCCGGCGCUGCUGCUGAGCUCCGCCGGGAGGCGCGUUUCCUACGCGCUGGUAGAGGGUCGGGCCCCUGGGAAGGCGGGGGACGAGGAAGAUGUUCUCGGCCCUGAAGAAACUCGUGGGCUCGGACCAGGCUCCCGUCCGCGAUAAGAACAUCCCCGCAGGGCUGCAGUCUAUGAACCAGGCUCUGCAGAGGAGGUUUGCCAAGGGAGUCCAGUAUAACAUGAAAAUUGUAAUCCGAGGGGACAGGAACACAGGGAAAACCACACUCUGGCACCGACUCCAGGGGAAGAAGUUUGUUGAGGAAUAUAUUCCUACUCAGGAGAUCCAAGUCACCAGCAUCCACUGGAACUAUAAAACCACUGAUGAUAUCGUAAAGGUUGAAGUCUGGGACGUAGUUGACAAAGGAAAAUGCAAAAAACGUGGAGAUGGUUUGAAACUGGAGAACGACCCUCAGGAGGCAGAGUCCGAGAUGGCUCUGGAUGCGGAGUUUCUUGAUGUGUAUAAAAACUGCAAUGGAGUAGUGAUGAUGUUCGACAUCACCAAGCAGUGGACAUUUAACUACAUAUUGAGGGAGCUUCCUAAAGUGCCCACCCAUGUUCCAGUGUGUGUGCUUGGGAAUUACCGCGAUAUGGGAGAGCACAGGGUCAUCCUGCCAGAUGACAUGCGGGCGUUCAUUGAUAAUCUGAACAGACCUCCUGGCUCGUCUUAUUUUCGAUAUGCUGAAUCUUCCAUGAAGAACAGUUUUGGCCUCAAGUACCUGCACAAAUUCUUCAACAUCCCAUUCUUGCAACUGCAGAGGGAGACAUUGCUACGGCAGCUGGAGACGAAUCAGCUAGAUAUUGACGCAACGUUGGAAGAGCUCUCAGUGCAGCAGGAGACAGAGGACCAAAACUACGAAAUCUUCCUUGAAAUGAUGGAAGCCCGAAGUCGAGGACACGCGUCCCCAAUGGCAACUAAUGGACAGAGUCCUUCCUCUGGCUCCCAGUCACCCAUCGUACCUCCCAGCUGCACGUCAGAUAGUUCCAGUCCUGGUACCCCCCAGCCACCACCACCACCUCAGCAGCCGCCUGCCAACACAACGUCCCCUGAGCCUCCAUCCUCCUUGUCACCAGUGCCUCCACUAGAGGCUCAGCUACCACACACAUCGUCCCCAGCUACAGCCUCCCCAACAAUGCCUGUUGUAGUCCCACUGCAAAAGCGCAGCAUUAUCUCCCGCCUCUUUGGAACUUCUCCGGCACCAGAGACGUCUCCUCCCCCGCCAGAUGCUGCUACUAUUCCCCCCAGUGAAGUCCCUGCAAAAGUGCAGAGUGUGGAGGACUUUAUUCCCGAUGACAGCCUGGACCACAGCUUUCUGGAAGAUACGAUCUCUCAGAGAGACAAGGGGUUAACUAGGACUAAGGACCACAAUGAGAGUGACAGUGAUGGAGAGGCUCUCGGAGGGAAUCCUAUGGUAGCCGGUUUCCAAGAUGAUCUGGAUCUAGAUGACAAAGUGCCCAGCAAACCCUCAUUGGCAGCAGAACUUGUACCAAGCAAAAAUAUCACUUUGUCAAGUGAGGAGGAGGCGGAAAUGGAGGAUGCUGUGGUCACCAUCGUGGCUGAUGAAGACAUUGACAUGGACUACGAGACACAAUGGUCUUCCAAAAAUUCAAUGAAACCACAAAAGGAAGCAGCUUCCACCAAAGCACCCGACCAGAAGCCUCAAGGCAGCUUGCCUCCGCCUUCUGGAUUUGAGAAACACAGCAGCACAAAGCUCCCCACAGAUCUGCCAGCCACUGGAGCUGCUGCUCCUACAGAUACAGCAUCAGUCCAGGCACAAAGGACCACUGCCCAGAACAAGGGCUCAGCUUCCAAACUGAAGGGGAGCAAAGAAGAAAUGCCUGAGGAGUCUGACAGUGAUCAGGAGGGACCGAUAGCCACCCAGAUGCUCUCAUUUUUGAUGGAUGACCCGGACUUUGAAAGCGAGGAGUCUGAUAGCCAAAGGAAGAAAGUGGGUGAAUUCCCAGUCCGAGAAGACCCCUCUGACAUCUCCGAUGAAGACACCUCGUUAGCAAAGCCUCCACAGCCCAUGAAGCCUACAGUCCACUCCUUCAAACUGAAAAAUGACUCUGAUCUCUUUGGCUUGGGUUUGGAAGAAACAGGCCCCAAAGAGAGCAGUGAUGAAGAUAAAGAGAAACAUCCUUCCAAGGAGAAAAAGAAGAAAAAAAAGAAGAGCAAAGAGGAAGAAGAGAAGUCUAUGAAGAAGAAAAGCAAACACAAGAAGUGCAAGGAGAAGGAGGAGAGCAAAGAUGAGAAGAAGAAAAAGAAAAAAAGAAGCAAGGAGAAAAACAGUGAGAUAGAUGAACUGGAGGCCUUUCUGGGAGGAGGAGCCAGCGCCAGCAAGCAGCAAGGGGGCGGGGACUACGAGGAGCUGUAGGCCUGCAAUGUGUACAAUCAGCGGACUCCAUUGGUGGCUGCCACCAACUCUCCAUACGAGCCACACCAGGAUGGGUACAGAUGUGUAAAGCUUUGGCUGUCUGCCAUAAGUACUAUCGAAACAGAGAUGGUGGAACAAAAAAGCUUUAUAUCUGUGUGUGCUGUUCUGGUGCAGUCAUUGUGUGGAAGGAAAACACAGCCGUGGUAUACUUGAGGAAGGUUUAAAGGUUAAAGGUCACGGUAUGGUAUUGUGGCAAUGAGUGAUCAUUUCCCCCUACCAAUGUCUAGCCCUCUUUCCUUUUUCCAGAGAGUUCCAAUCUGGUAGUUGGCAUGGUGUGGGGAGGGAAAGGUGAGUGGACCUGCUCCCACCCCCACCAUAUUCCACUGCUGCACCCCUGAAAUUCCUGUUUUAAUAAAUAAAUGAAUGCAGCAAAACAUGCCAUCUGAAUGCAUCGUGCUGUCACCUUGUGAAUAAUCAAGUCUUUAACUUUUUAUCCUUCCUAUUUUUUUAAUGAGAAAGGUGUUAUUGGCCUUUGCCCCAUAAGGCAAUCGACAAGCUUUAAAUUAGCAAAAUAUUGUCUUGUACAGCUCUUAACGAAGCAGCUGCAGGGCCUGAAAUAAGAGUGAGUAUAAUUUGGGGAUAUUUCUGCACAGCAGCAUAAUUAACUCUCAGGGGUGCUGCUUUUGGAAUCCAUGUAGCCUCAUUGAUUCCCAUGGCCCCAUUGUCUCUGGCACUACAUGUAAGCCGCUGUGCAGUUGGGAAGACAAUGCAAAGUUAUCUUUUAGAAAAGAAACUAAAUUGACACUUUCCCUUAAACACCCCUUGACACCCCGGCCUUGAAUUUGAAUACACUAUCAAUUCAGCCCUACAGCACCUCUCAGGGACAUGACUGCCGAAUGGAAAUGGAGAUAACAGAAUUUCAAGAGAGUUUACAGAAAUGCGUUAGCAUGGCAAGGCAUUCGCUUCUCAGGGCAUGCUGUAAAACAAAGGCUGCCUCUGCACCGAAUGGGGAAACCACUUGGACAGGGGAGAGUGUCCCUCAACUUCUGCAGACACUGAAAGCCAGGUUUACUAGGCCACCUAGCAGUUAGUGCAGGGCACUUCCUUGCCCAGAGUAGAGUGCACAACCUCCUCUUGUCACAUGAGCUUUGAAAGCCUUUUAAUUUUGGCUCUGAUAUCAAAGAACCAUGGAUCAGUGUAUGCUCAGCAGCAUAGGUCAUGGAUGGUUAUUGACACCUUUGCCCUGCCAUUCAUGCCUUCCACUGUCUUGGUGAGUGCCCCCCCUCCAUCUGAGUGCCCCCCUCCCCCCCCCCAUCUUUAAAGGGUCUGUUAAUAUUCAAAAACAACGAGGAGU